GAUUUAUAUAUAUAUAUGUCGAUAAGAUUUCUAAGAAUACUGUUACAGGGAAUAAACAGUGUAGAACAAUAAGAUCUUCUACAUCUUUCUACUUUUCAGUAAAAGUCAAGUUUUUGAAUAUUUCAUGAGCUAUGGUUUCUCAUUAUGCUCAAGUAAUGUAAAUUUAGUCACUUACACUUAUCGAUAAAAAUAAAAAAAAAAAGAGAGAAAUUAUUCGUGAAUUAUUAAAUACAAGUUUUGUUUGUGUGCGUGUGUGUGUGUCUUUUAUGUGCGCAUCAAGACAUAUAUUUGGUGGAACACAAAAAGAUGUGCCUAAUUGUUUUAUUCGUUCACUUUUGUAUAACUAAAUGCAUGUGAUAUAUAUGCACUGCGUUAUUCCGAUCGAUUACCACGUCGGAUCUCGUAAACAAUAAGCACGUGAUAUAUCGAAGCGUGGUGCACGUAACGCGAAAAGGCAGAAAUGUUACGGUUAAGUAUUAAUGAUGAUGCAACAUCACGAAAAACGAAGGUUUCGGCGAAUUAUUAACGGAGCAAUAACGGAUCGAUAUUCGGCCUGGUGAAUCAACGAAAUAACGAUUUUCAGUCAUCGCCGCGUUACGGUGCGAGUUCGUUGCACGUAUGUAUGUAUGCAUGUAUGUACAUAUCUUGCUCACGAGGCUAUAUGAGAUCUUACUCUCAUUUGCGCGGCAUCCAACUGAUAUAGAAGCAAUUUUUCUUCGGCAGAAACGCCGAGGAGAUGCUUACUUCGUUAAUUAAUGACUAAAUAUAAGGUGUUUUUGGAGAAGAUAAUUGACGAAAUUUUUUCAUUAAUUUCAAGUGGCCUUUACUUAAUAAGAUUUUAAUUUAGAUUUUUGCAUAAAGAUACUCAAAUUUUUAAGAUACGCCAAAAAUAUCUUUAAAUGCGAGUUUUCUAUUUCUUUCUUUCUUUCUUUGGAAUUGUUUGUAAGCCGAGUUAUUGAAAAUUGUAACAGUGUCUUUGACUGAAGGUGAAUAAUGAAAAAUACACAUGCUCAAACAAGUUACUUAUUAAGCUGGCCUUCAUCCAAUUAAUUCAUCAUUUUUUUGUAACAAAACACUAGUAUUAACACAAUAUAAAUAUUAGAACAUUGCCUAGACGGAUUGUCAUUGCGGAACAAAGUUAUACAAGGACAAAUGAAAUGAAUUAGAUUCCAAAAAGAAUAAUAACAUUUUUAUUCCAUUUAUGCUGCUGGAUCUAAAAACGCUAUGCGUAUCAGGGUUUAAAUAGCCCCCUUAGUGUUUUAAGUAAUCAGUUUUCUGACGGCUCGUACGAUCUACGCGAGGUGAAGAUUAGAAUUCGACACGUGACGACCUUGCCGUGGUAUCAGCCAUUAUGGUUCUUUAUAGGUAUUCGCGUGUUGUGACCGUUGGUUUCUAUGGUAGCGAGUGACCUGGUCAGUUCACCACGUGGUCAGUAAAUGAACUUUGAUUUAGAAUCGAAAAUUUGGGUCGUACUUUAAUGGAUGCUUAUUUUAGGAUGCGGAGCAUCGUUACAGAUUUUACGGCAACGUCCUUCACGCGCGCAGAUACAUAAAUCGAUAGUUUCAUUUUUACGACAGCUCCAUUUAUUAUAUUAUUGCAGCGGGUUGCGAAACACGCGAAAUUCACUCGUUCAGCUCGCGCGUAUACAUAUACAUGCGUGCGUGUGUGUGUGUAUGUCUGUAUAUUUAUUUUUCUUUUAUCCGUGUGCUCAUUUUAUCAGCAUCAAUGCCAAAUCCAGCCAAAUUCAUAUUUCGAACCCCAUCGUGUACGGCCGGUGGUCAUUUUCGAGCAAAUCUCUUUCAAGCAUAUCUAUCUACUUCGGGUCGAGAACCCAGACUUCCUCCUCGGCGCGAUGAGUUCGAUCCGUCGAGAGGCCCGAAGAUGCUUCCACGCGACCGGUUGGCGUAGUCGCGAGUAGGUGCCAGAGACGGGCAUGGACACUAAGACUCCGCCGAUCCCGUUCAAGUCGCAGGAGAAGCCUCAGCCGAAGAGAGCGGAUCGCGUGGCCGACGUGUCCUUGCCCCCGCUGACACCGUACCCGAAUCAUCGUUCCUCCAAACAUAGACCGUCCGGUGGUACAUCGUGGUCGCAGGACCCACCCUGCGCUGUGCAGCAUCAGGAUCAUCGCAAGAAGAGACCUUACAGAGUAUUACACAUCGGCGCUACACCUUUGAUGCACGCCUGUCAACAAGGCGACAGGGCAAGAGUGUUGAGAUUAUUGAAGGAACAGGAGGAAACGACCGCCUAUAGAGAUCGCACAUUGAGAAACGCCCUCCAUUAUUGCAUGGACGCGGGUACCGGUGGUGCCGUUGCCGCGGCGGCACCAGAACUGGUGAAUGCCCCUGAUGCCGAGGGGCACACCCCGCUUCAUCUCGCGGUCAUCGCCGGGGACACUCAGCUGGUCGCGGUUCUCUUAGCGAACGGUGCCGAUGUCAAUGCUAAGGAUCUCGAGGGGCACAGUGUUCUCCAUUGGGCCACUGUCUGCGGGGAAGCGGAAUGCGUUCGGUUGGUUCUGGCGGCCGGUGCGCGACCUUCCACCCCGGAUUUACGUGGCGGAUCUCCACUUCACUAUGCCGCCCAAUGUUGCGGCGCGGUCGCCACGGCUGAGCUCGCCGUUCCCAAGAAGGUUGGCCUGAAAGUUUUACAAACCCUUCUCGAAUUCGGCGCGGACGUGAACGCCAAGGACGAGGACGGGCGGCAACCGAUUCUAUGGGCGGCAAGCGCGGGUAGCGUGGAGGCCGUGUUGGCUUUAGCAAGAGCCGGAGGGUCGGCAGCCGCAGGUACUUCCGACAAAGAUGGACUGACGGCACUUCAUUGCGCAGCGUCGAGGGGCCACGCGAGAUGCGUGGAAGUACUCGUCAACUUGUGUGGAUCUCAUCCAGACUAUGUGGACGACAACGGUUGUUCCGCGUUACAUUACGCCGCUACUUUGGGUCACGCGGAUGCCACCGCUCUCAUCCUCAAACUCGGGGCUGAUCCCAAUCGCCAAGAUCGAAAGGGUAGAACACCUGCACUUUGCGCCGCAGCUAAGGGCCAGUUAGAAACCUUGAAAAUUCUGACUCAGCACGGCGGGUCACUUCACGCUAAGACCGUGCGUGGCACGGGGAUAGGACACGAGGCCGUCGCGUCCGGUAGAAUCGAAUUAAUAAAAUGGUUAGCAAAAAAAAGACCGAGCACGUUGGACGUCGCUACUCAUGAUGGCAAGACGCCUCUCCAUGUCGCGGCUUUGCACGGUCACUUGGACGCAUGCAAAGUUCUAUUGGAUCAUGGCGCAAGAAUCAACGCGGUUCUUAGGACCAGCAAGGGCAAUUCGAUGACUCCACUGGACGCAGCUCUCUACAGAGGACAUAGGGACUGUGCGAAACUGAUUCAGAUGCACGGCGGUACUACAGGACAGCAACUGAGAACGCAUAAGACCGCACCGAACAAAGUUUUUACAGCAAAGGUCCGAAUAAAACAUGACGAUAGUAGCACUGCGAGCGACAGUAGUCCUUGUAGACGAGGUCGAGGGCACAAACAUCCCGAGCUCUAUUACGAAGAGCGGUGGAUCGAAAGAAGAACGCGUCGAAAAGGUAAUCUGAAAAAGAUGACUCGUCAGGAUAGUCGGAGUUUUAGUGAGGAAGAAGUGCGUCUGUCGAAGACAUCCUCGAAAAAGGACGAGAGGAGAGCUCGAAGCGAAUCCGCACGAUACGAUGAUAACGGUGAGCAAAAUCUGCGAAAAAAACGAAGUAAAAGAAUAUCGAUGAGACAUAAACACAAAUAUUCGGAUUCGUCGUUCGAAUCAGACAGUUGCGAUUAUUCUCAUGAUGAAAAUGGAGUAAUCAAACAUCGACAGCAUACAAAAAGACAGCAAGAGAAGGAUAAAAGCAAAAGCUCCAAUGAAACGGAAGCUAAAGAUAACUCAAGGAAAGAAGAUGAAGACGAUCAAAGCGUAAGCGACGACAGCUUAGAGGUGAUUGUAGUAAAAAGAUCGUUGGAAAAAAAGUGUGAAAAAGUUGUAUCCGGAAGAAAAUUAAAGACACCUAGAGAAUGCACGAAGGAGACAAAACUGACCAAAACGCACAAACGUAGCUCUAAGAAAAUGUCGAGAUCCAGCAAGUCGAGAACGUUCGAUAAAGAGGAGAAUAUGGGAGAUCAAGAUAAAUCUUCGGACAAGGAAGAAAGAAGCGUUGCAGUAGGAGAGCCGGCGCAUACUUCCGCUGAAGAGGAAGAAGAUGGUAGCGAGAGGAUAAUAGAAUCUCGAUUUCGAAGAGAAGCGACGGAUAGUACUAGUCAGGAAACCGUGGAACGAGUGGUUGUUACAGCGAUAGUUCACAAAGAUCAAGUGCCUGACACUCCAAGAUCAACGCAAGAAACUGUAAAGGAAAUAAGCUCCGACAAAGUUUUGAGAAAAAAGACGAUAGUAAUAGAGGAAACAAAGGAAACUUCCAAAGAUAUUAAUUCUUCAGAUAAAAGUAAGACCGCAUUGUCGCACAAGACUGAUACGCACGAUAUUUCUGAAGAACGAAUUAAUGAACAAGUCCAGAAUAAGGAUGAAAAGGAUAAAAUAACGAUGCCUAGCAGCAUAGAAGAUCCAAAAGAAGGUACGAAUAGUAGACUAAAUACAUUCGAGAAUGCAAUACCGAGUGAUAGUACGUUGCGCGAGAAGCAAGAAGCAACCAUCGACAAGGAGAAAGAUAGCUUUAAAAACGGAGAUAAACUCGGUAAAAAUAUUGUGAUUUCGGAGGAUCAAAGAGAUUCUACGACUGCGAUGAAGCAUAUUUCGAGUGCGGGUGAGGAGAAUGGAAAACUAUUAGCGUCUGAAGAUUCAAAGCGAGACGAGAAAACUAUCGCGAAAAAAGACGAUGGAGAAUCAAAAACUUCGAGACAAUCCGAUGCGCGUCAAACUAUAAGCAGCUUGAAAGAAAAUGUCGAAGAUGUACAGGUAACUUCUGAAGAAAGAGAUAAAGCAUCGACAAAGCAAACAUCCUUGAAAACAAUCACUAAAGAGAGCUCAGCUGAAGAUGCCGAAUUGAGAGAGGAUAAAUAUUUGAAUAAACGCGAUGAUAUCAAGUUUUCGCAAAAAAUGCAAGUGGAUGAAAAACAGAAAACCGAAGCAUUAACAUUUACCGAACGAUCGACAGAUGAUUCCGCGCGUGGAAAAUCCGCAGAUUUGUCAUCACCGGAACCGAGAGUGUCAAUGCUAAACAUGGAAGAAAGUCCUUCCCCAGAAAGAACGGGUUCGCCACGUGACAAGAAGUUGGAACGUAUUAAAAAAACCGAUAAAGAACGACCAGAGACUGAAACAGCAGAUAAAGAUUUUCGCUACAUCGACGAUAGUUCUUCGAGUUCUCCAAAGGCCUCGAGAUCGGCGAAAACGAGACAUUCGAGACCAUCUACGGGAAGGAAUAUGAGGACAGGAAAAUCUUCUUCAAAGGCGUCAACCAAGAGACACCUGUUUGAAAGUUCCGAAGAGCGUUCCUCGCAUCAAAGUGCAAUAAUCGCGGUGUUGGACAGCCCAGAAUGGGAUGAAGACGAAGCAGUCGAAAAAGAAAUCAGGGAAGCUCUCGGGGAGGAUGUGGAGCAUGAGACAGAGCACGAAGAAGAUAAUGAAAUUGGUGUUAUGAGAGUUUUGCCAAGUACGAGUGAGGAAGAGACUCCGAGCACAGCUUUAGGUCUAUCUAGAACUUCAAGAAUCGACUCUUUGCCUCAGGUACAAUCAACAACUAGCAACCGCUUAGUCAGAAUCGAAAAUGCCGAUGGUCACCGAGAACGAUUGUGGAGGAAACAUCGUCGCGAUAGCGGAGGUAGAGACAGUGGAAUAGAACCGAGCCCGAGAGUGUCGAGAAUUCCACGGAGGCGAAACGUAAGAUGUUGUCCAAAUACAGCGAAACAGCAAGCUCUCAAUAUGGAGACCAUUACCAGGGAUGUGCAAAUUAGCCUGCGUCGUUAUCAUCUCGAAAGAAAAAUUUUUUUUCAAUUGAUGGAGUUGAAGAGAUUACAGAUUCGUCACGGCAGGGCGAACGAACACGUGUUGGUUAAAAGACAGAGCGAUCUUUUUCAGGUGGAUGCCUUUCACAAAUCGGGAAUGUCUGGCCCUACUCUUGGUGUUGCAAAAUAUAAUCAACCAUUAACGUUUAGACAAUUCGAAGCGUUUCUGUACGAGCAAUUAAGAAGACUGCAGGGAAGACCAACUACUCCAGACUUUUGUACCGGAGCCAAGCAAUGCACGCAAAAAACUCAUCGUUGUCAUCACGCAACCAGCGCUUAUACCUCUAUUCCAGUGUAUACCUAUCUAGGUGGAGGCGUCCCAGAUCGAGCGGACCAUCUUCCGAAAAUAGAGAGUCGCGGCAGAGGGCAAAUGACGGUGGAAGUGACACAUGGAGAGGGAAAACAAGUGAUCGCCCUUCCGACUGAGAAAAUGGAUCGUACCAAAAGAUAUUUCGUUACAUUCACUGUAAGAGGCGAAACACAAGACACUGAAAAACCUAAAUCAUCGUGCACGGUACAAAGAAAUGCAAAGAGCGUGUAAAUGUUUCAGACGUGGUCUUUCUGAUAAUCGAAAAAUAAUUAAUCAACUUGAAACAAAUAGUAAUCUUCUUCAAUAUUUCCUUGAAAGAAACUCGACUAAGUUGAUAAAAGAAUGAUUUGGGGCAUAGAUAAGGGACGUUCUGUAUUAUUUCACGUAAAAUUUUUUAAAAAAGGAUAAUAACAUAACAUUUUCGUGUUUAAGAAAAGAAAACCCUACAUUUAAAAAUAGUGCAACAGACUUUGUUUUACUAAACGUAGACAUUUUGUCUACGUUUUUUAAUCUAUAAAAAAUAUAGAGAAUAACCGGCGUAUUGUUUUGUUCUUUUGUAAAGUUUUUUACUUUAGAUAUCAUUUAUUCUAAAAAGAACCUUGAUAUUAUAUACUUUUUCCUUAAAUCCAAUAUUCUUCCUAGGAAUAUAUAAAUUUGCUUCUCGCACAAAAGUAUUAUAUAAGAAAUAUACUAAUACUGCCAGAUGGGACAAAAUUUCUGAAUCAAUUAAAAAUCAAAUUGUGCAUAUUGUCAAAUUGAUUUGUAUAGCGUUACUUGUAUAUUAUAUAUACAUAUAUGAGUAAUAAUAGUUAUAGUGUCGUACCUGACCAACUGUAAUUUGUAAAUCUUCUGUAAUCGACUCAUCGAGAAAGAGAGCGCUACUUUGUCCUGAAAAUGCUGAACGCUUAUCCUGAAAUUUAUUAGUGUUGUAUUAUAAGAGAAGAAUUUUUUGCCAUGAUAUACAAAGAUAAAAAUGACGAAUUUAUUUAAUAAAACAUAUCUCCGACUUAUAUUCUGUGUGUUCCCUAGUUAUAUGUAAAAUGAUA